AACACUUCAGCUUCCGGGACUCGGGAUGCAUUUCAACUUUUCGUUUUCUUCAUCGGUUUGUGUCCAAGCGAAAUGAGCGGCGGGUAUACGCGGGGGGAUUAGAGCGGAUCGUUCACCCCACCCCCCAUCACUUCCCCACAGCCCAAGGCCGCCGCAGCCACCCCGAAGGAGGAAGGAGAUUUAUCUCCUGUCACUGAGGGUCCAUCUUGCUGGAAAUGAAUGAAAUGGCGGGUAAAAUGUCAAAAUCUGAAGGGUUACCAUUAGCAAGAGAAAUGCAAGACCUUCAAAAUCGAUUUAAUGCAAUGAUGCAUACAAUCAGCAGCAACUCAAAGGUUGCAGCUUUCAUGAGCACCUCUGUGGGUCAGUACCUAGAUGAUCACCCUUUCCUUGCAUUAUUGUUAUUGGUGUUUACCAUAAUGGCAGCCGUGCCAGUUGGUUUAUUCCUGAUUUUCGCAGUGAUUACAUCUCUCUUGGCCUGCGUUGGUUUCAUUGUGAUGGAAGGUCUGAUGCUGUCGAUAGGUGGUGUUGUCCUGCUUUGUUUUUUAUGUGGACUAGUUCUCAUUUCACUGGUCAUCACGUCUUUUCUGGCUGUCUGCUUCUUUACUUUCUCCACAACAAUGAAUUAUUAUCAUAAUUCAAGUGCUCCAAGUAAAGAAGAAGCAGCUGUCAGCUACUCAGCAAUUUCACAUCCAGAUGAGACUGAACCCAAAUCCACCCUGAAGAAGGAUUAGUUUGCAAAAUAUCCCUCUAGUUUCUGUUAAGUUGUAUUUAUGUAAAACGACUGUACUUGCACUAAUUUCCUUUCAUGAGACGUUCUUUUUGCCUUCAAGUACCUGUUACACUUUUGUAAGCAGCAUAUGUUAGUCUUCACAAUUUGUUCAUCAUUUUCAUUUGUGUAGUGUUAUUUUGAAUGAGAAGUUUUGUAUACUUUAACCUAUGUAUUUUACUAUAAUUACUCUAUAACAUGGAGACCUGAUUAUUUGAUAUAAAAAGACUAUACAUUAUAUCUGUAUCAGCAAUGAUUAGAGUCUACUUCUGCAUUCUAACUGGUGGGAAUGUUCUCGAUGUAUUAAUUAAUAAAACAGAUACUCAAAGCAAUAACAAA